AUGAAGACACCCGCAGACAGCAUGUCUGAAUGUCUGUGGGUCUUUAUGUUUUACUAUUACCCCAUCAAAAUGAAUGACGAAGUAGCUUGUAUUUAUCAUAAUAUUGGAAGAGCGUAUCAGUUAAAAAAUGAGUACGAAAGAGCAAUUGAUAAUUAUAAAAAAUCGUUUGAGAUGCAUACCAGUACUCGACCACCUCGAUUCUUGAAUGCUGCUAAAUCAUUAAAUGGUAUCGGUGUUGUUUAUAAUGAAAUAACGGCAUAUUAUAAGGCAUUGGAAUAUUUAAUAAAGCCUCAAAUAUAUAAAGAUGAUCAAAAAUUGUAUAAAAACUACACGCAAUUCAAAGAUAUUGAUGGAAAACCGUUGAAUUUACCGCAAAAUAUUUAUCCCUUUCGACGAUUGUUGAACUGGCAUGCACGAUGUGCUCACGAAUACGCAAAAACAAAGAAAUGGAUACUGGAAAGUGACAAUUUUGACGAUUUUUAUGAUUUAUCCGAUUUAGUAUCUCUCCCGGGCGAUGAUUUAAACGAAGAAGAAAUUGAUAAAUAA